CACACACACAUAUACCUACUCUGCUUCUGUCUUCUGCUCUUCUUAUUGGUAACCUUGAGCUGUAGCGUUUUCUUUCUUAACUAAGUGUUAAGAGUGAUACCAUCUCAGAUCUUUCCUUCUCUACCAUCAAUUUUAUGAUUAGUAGAAGCUACGGAGCAUUAACAUUGGUAACCGCUCAGUAGUGCUACCUCAAAUCAACUGCAGAAAAAGGUGGUGCCCGUGUGCUGGUUCUUUGUAGUCAUUCUAGUGACUCUCCUGCCAAACUUAGAAGACAAAGUUAACUCAGCAGAAAACAAGCCAAAUUAGAGAUUACCUUCCUUAUUUAGAGCUUCCUACAAGAUAUGGGUGUCACCAAUGCUACCGUUUUGGUGUUGAUCAUCGUCUUCUGUUCUCUGUUGGAAGCCAGCUUUGUGCUGGGAAGAGUCCAUAGACACAGUAAGAAGCAUCAUGAUCCUGACUCCGGUCUUUAUGGUUCUAUAUCUCAACCACCUGCUUACCCUCCCUCGGAAUCUCCAAUUCCUGGUGAUGGUGGUAAUUCGAGCUCGGACUCCAGUACCUUUGAUGUGAGAUCUUUCGGUGCAGUCGGAGACUGCGUGACAGAUGAUACAAGUGCAUUUAGAUCAGCUUGGGAAGCUGCCUGUAAAACUGAGUAUGGUGUCCUUCUUGUUCCUUCUGGCUACACUUUCACAAUCACCUCUACCAUCUUCUCAGGGCCUUGCAGGAAUGGAUUCAUAUUUCAGGUAGAUGGAGUGCUAAUGCCACCAGAUGGACCAGAUAACUGGCCUAAAGAAGACAGUCCACGACAGUGGCUUGUGUUCUACAAGGUAGAUGGAAUGACUCUUCAAGGGGAAGGACUAAUUGAAGGCAAUGGACAAAAGUGGUGGGAUCUUCCAUGCAAACCACACAGGGGCCCAAAUGGAUCUACAUUACACGGGCCAUGUGAUAGCCCCGUAGCCAUUCGAUUUUUUGAGAGCUCGAACUUGACAUUAAGGAAUAUCAGAAUCCAAAACAGUCCGCAGUUUCAUGUCAAAUUUGAUGCAUGCGAUAGUGUGCUUAUCGACAGUGUUUCCAUUUCCUCCCCUGCAUUGAGUCCCAAUACCGAUGGAAUCCAUAUUCAGGACUCAAAGUAUGUUGGAAUAUACAAUUCACUCAUAAGAAAUGGUGACGAUUGCAUAUCAAUUGGACCAGGCUGCUCAGAUGUCGACAUAGAAAAUGUGACGUGUGGACCUAGUCAUGGCAUUAGCAUUGGAAGCCUCGGAUACCAACAUUCACUGGCCUGUGUUCGGAACAUAUCAGUCUCAAAUUCAGUAAUUCGGAAUUCAGACAAUGGUGUUAGGAUCAAAACAUGGCAAGGAGGGAUGGGGACAGUGCGAUCCAUCACCUUCACCAAUGUUUUUAUGGAGAAUGUAAGGAAUUGCAUCAUUAUAGAUCAAUACUACUGCUUGUCAAAGGAAUGUAGGAACCAGACAUCUGCUGUACAAGUUGCAGAUGUUGCAUACAGAAACAUUAAAGGAACGUAUGAUGUCCGGAGUCCGCCGAUUCAUUUUGCAUGCAGUGAUGCCAUGCCCUGUGCCAAUAUAACACUGGGAGAAGUGGAGCUUCUCCCUGCAGAAGGAGAGAUGGUAGCAGAUCCUUUCUGCUGGAAUACUUAUGGCGGACUGGAGACUCUCACUAUUCCCCCCAUAUCAUGCUUACAGGAUGGAGCUCCUCUAUCUCUCACGGAGGGGUUUGCUUAUGGUUGCUGAAGUGCUGAGCGCUGCUAGGAUUGGUUUGUGAGAUCAUUUUAGGAGAGUCACAGAAUAUAGUAGAGUGUAAAGAAAAGGUUGGCAUUUGUAUAAUUCGGUCCAUGUGAUGGAUAAAGAUGAGUGAAAUAAUUUCUUAUUGCCUUUUCACUCUGUAAUGCUCCAACAAAUUGUAAUGGACCUUUUCUUGAAUCCAUUAUAUAACAUCGUGGAGCAAACAUCUCG